CAAGUUGAGGGAAAAGUCAUUAAACAUGUUUUAUAACCUCAAGCUAUAUAUUUAUCCUGUGUCUUGAACGAAAAGGUCAUAUUUUGCAAUAUCCCAAAAUAAAUUCAAUCUCUGACGAGAGACAGACUAUCCUCCAUUUUGAGAUUUUUACAAAGACCACACCAAAGAUUUUUUAAACUAACCCAAGCUAGACCACAGCCUGUCCUUUCCAAUGGAAACAAAUUCAUCCUAGUGGGCAGAGCCAGGUACAAGCUAGCGAAAUUAUAUUGGCGCGUUCUAGCAGGUAUUUGCAUAUUUGUUAGGGAACGCCUACUCUGUAGAGUGCGCGUGUGCAAUAACCCAAUUCGCCCUUGCACUCCUUCUAAACAAUACAAUUUUUUUUAAACUUUGGCAAAGGCUAAAAUCUACAAAACGUAGUCCACUCUGUUCGUAACAUGUUAUAGUUUUGGAAACAUUGAGAUCAAAUGUUUCAUCGAUGAGAAUAUUUGCAUUAUGUCGGCCAAAAUUCAUCUCGCUCAAUCUUCUCCCACUGCCACGACUUGGCUUCCUCUCAUCACCAUAUUUUGUAGUGAGUGCGUCAACCGGAUGCUUCAAAUUUAUACAGCUGGUGAAAUAUCUGUCUCAUCGUUCUUUCUCAUUGUUCAAUCUGUGACUAGUCUUUUCCGGUAGCCGGGCAAGACUCCGUGAAAACGACGUAAAGAAAUACGUUACGAUGUAAACGUGGCAUCAGGUGUUAUUGGAAGAUCACCAUUUAAAAUAAUGCAGAACUUAAGUGCGCAUUUUGAAACAUAACCCUUGAUUCUAGCUACGGCAGCCAUGUAGCAACUAUAUUACCACAUUAGAAGUUAUGGUGAGACUGUUUAUUUGUUGCUUCCACCAUAUCUAACGCAGUAUAGACUAAGGAAAAUAGAUGUUUAAUAUUUUGCUGCUAUUUUUUCCUGGACAGCACAGUCGCCUAUUUAGUAAAGGAAAUAGGCUUAUGUUGAUCGUUCUAUUCUCUGCAUGUUGACCCGAUGAUGCACAACGGUGUGCUGUAUCAAUAGCCAGUUUCUCCAGGAACAUGGGAUCUAAUGGAACCGUGGAAUGCUACAGGUAGCAGCAGUGUUUGUAGAUGGUCGUAUAGUUGGAGACUUUGAAUUGGCUUUUCCUUGGCCAGAGAUACUUGGACAAUAUCAAACGUGGAUAUCUACUUUUGCACACAUUUUGCUGGAAGGAUAAAAGCUAUGAAAAGCAACCAUAUCAAUGCUUUGCAUACAGAGCUUCUUUUUUUUUGCUGUUCCGGUAUGGUUGCUUUGGCAUCAAUUUUUACAACACUAGUAGGCCUGUAGCCACCACAACUCUUUCACACAGCCAACCUGGAAAUUAACAGUUGUACAAAGGCGUUGCCCAACCCUAACAUUGCAAACAGCUCAGAGCAAACAUCCCCUUUUACAUAAGAUUUGUUAAAUCAUUAUUGAAACCUGAAUCUUUUUUUUCCAACUUUUUUUUUACUCAACACUAUAAUACUCAUCUUUACCAAUGCCUCGAUGGAAAGCUCUGGCGAGCCAGCAUUUACGGUGGUCCAGCCCUGUUGCCCAAGGACUAGCUUUAUGUAUCAUAACGUUUGGCAUCGUACUGCCUUUGUGCUGCCAUAGGCUACUAUAUUCCUACUACUACAUUAAAUCGAUGUACUUGAAUGACAUGAGCGAUCAGUUUCUAGCGGAGAGCUACGAGAGAGGGCAGGAGGCUUUGGAAUUCUGGGAGGCAUCACGGUCUACCACUGGGUCGCCUGGCUUUUCCAACAUCGCUAAGGGAUCCGAGCUAUUGAUCACUGUGGUAACGGCCAGGCGAACGGAGGGCAAGGAAUUUCACUACCUGCUUCAAGUGAUGCAGCGGCUGGUGUCCCUCCUGAGAGGAUGCGGCGAGGGGCGGCGUUGCGCCGAAGUGCUGGUGUGCGAUGUGGAAAGCGGUCCCCUGGACAACGAGGAUGCGGCGCUACUGGAGAGCCAGUUCCUGGUGGUGCGGAGGUCCCUGGAGGAGCAGUGGAAGAACCAGGCUCACGUCAACACCUUUGAGAAGGAGAAGAGGGACUACGUCUACUGUCUACGCAAAGGAUGGGAGCUGGCAAGGCCCAAAAACUUGAUGGUCCUCGAGGACGACGCACUACCCAGGGCAGACUUCUUUGCCGUGAUCCAAGAUUUGCUCUCGCGGCGCUUCGCCCUCCACACUCUCUACGUCAAGCUCUACCACCCGGAGAGGCUGCAGCGCUACUGGAACCCCGAACCCUACCGCAUCCUGGAAUGGGUGGGACUUGGACUAGUCGGGGCUACCGCACUCCUCCUAAUCCUUAGCCACGGUACACCUUUCUCUUUCUCCCUCUCCACCACCCACCUCCUCUUCCUUACCUUGUACAUCAUGGUCACCGUAGAGCUGGCCGGUCGGCAUUACCUACUCGAGGCACGGCGCUUAUCGCCGCAGCUCUACGCCGUGUCCCCGGCGACCGAGUGCUGCACACCUGCCAUGCUGUUUCCGGGUAACUCAUCACUCAGGGCGGCGGAGUACCUGGACGGAUCAUUCUGCGUCAAGGGCAAUGCUAAGGACAUGGUUCUGUAUCAGAUGGCUCGGACUAUAACCGGAGAGAGAGCGCACAGCAUAGAGCCCAACCUGGUCUCCCACAUCGGGGCUUUCUCCUCAGUCAGGGCCAACCCAUCCAGGCCUAGACUUCUUUGAGGAACAACUGAAAAGAGAUUUGAGGCUGCGUCCCAGAUUGCUCUCUAUUCCCUAUAUAGUGCACUAUUAGGGCCAAUAGAGCUCUGGUCAAAAGUAGUGCAUGUAGGGAAUAGGGUGCCAUUUAAUCAGAGUUGGAGACAAUUCCAUUUCACCUCAGGAAGUAAACUGAAUUGACUGAAUUUAAAUGGAAUUUACUCUAAUCCUUUGAUAAAUAUGACUGAAUAUCACCAUACAGGGUUACCUAACACUCCAUAUGAAUACAUGGCACUAUGCUAGCAUCCCUGACAUAUUCCCAAAUCCAACCAAUGGUGCCUGUAAUGAUAGUCCUUGAUGGAUAUUGAAGGUCUUUCUCCAGCCUACUGUAAGAUUUCACCCAUGUAAAUGGAUCUAUUUAACCCAUCUAGGCAAGAUCUAUUUCUCUUAUGCAAUAUUUGGGUACACUCCACACACAUUGGGUACACUUUGGAAUACAGUAUGUUCUAUGUUGGCAUAACCAUGUACUGCAUAUCCCCUGAAGGUUCAAAUAAAUGUAUCAAGUAAAAUACCAAAGCGUGUUGCUGUAGUUGUUGAACUAAGGCUAAUGAUAAUCAAAGGAUUAACAACUUCAAUAGGUUGUUAAAAUCUAAUUUAACCAAUGGACAAUGGCAAUAUUGCUGGACUGUGACACUUUGAAUGUCUGACACUUUGAAUGUCUGAAAGAAAAACAAUUAAAUAUACUGUUUAACCCUUAGUGUUUAUUUCGUGAUUUGAUGCUGUGUACUUACAUCAUACAUGCUAUGCUGUACACUGAGUGUACAAAAUUUCGGAACAGGUGCUCUUUCCACGACAUAGACUGACCAGGUUAAUCCAUGUGAAUGCUGCUGGGUUUUUCACGCUCCAGUUUCCUGUGUGUAUCAGGAAUGAUCCACCACCCAAAGGACAUCCAGCCAACUUGACAACUGUGGGAAGCAUUGGAGUCAACAUGGCCAGCAUCCCUGUAGAACGCUUUCGACACCUUGUAGAGUCCAUUCCCUGACGAAUUGAGGCUGUUAUGAAGGCAAAAGGGGGUGCAACUCAAUAUUAUGGUGUUCCUACUGUUUUGUACACUCAUGUUGACCUUAGACACUGUAUAACUAGCAUCCAUGUGUUUAAUCACUUUCUGUUUUUUGAAUACUGCACUGUGUACACUUAACACUUCUAAUAAAAUAAUACAUAAUGUAAAAAA